CUUCCAUCCUCACGUUCUACUCACUGCCUCUUCGUUCUAGGAUGUAUUUCAGCUCUUAUCGAUGUUUUAUUGCGUUGUGUGUCCAUACAGCUCUACACUGCCCUCGCUAUGGAAGGUUCUGAGGACUGCCUCAUCAAUAGACGCUGUAGCCAACUAGCGCCAGGCGAGGACCCUCACUCGAUGCCUUUUGCAAUCAUGUCCUCGUAAAGCCGUCCCAAACACUACUCAUUGGAAGUGAACUUUGUAGACUUUCAUUGCAAGGUAAGCCUGUAAUCGACGAGAUGAGCUCUAGUGCACCGCAUACCCGGUUAGGGCUGGCGAUCCGGCAUGAGAUUCAGAUCGAGUUUAGGGCUUAUCCUAACCAGGCUGCCGUGUGAACAUGUUCCUCAAACCCUAGGAUUGGCCACCAUACCCAGGCAAUGUCCUUGUUUGGGUCACAGACGUGCGCCCGUCACGGUCCCGUUUUCCUAUAUAACCACACUGCCCUCUCCGCCACCCAACUUGCAUCGCCUUCUCCUCAAGCAGUGCGACCCCCCUCAUAUACAAGACCCCCCAAGCUUGCUUUGAUACGAGCCUCUUACCUUCUCCCCCUGUCCACACCUCAUCCGUAGCUCCUUCAGCUCACGCCACCCAAUUCUUCCUCCACCCUACGCACUCAAUAUGGCCCAGCACGACGCGCCCUACCUUGAUGAUGGAAUGGUGGACCACUUCGGGGAUGCGUUGUUUGCUACUUCAGCAGCUGAUAUACCGCAGAACGACGAUGUCUCAGCGUACUCUUGGGAAUUCCCUCUCGAUGCCCUUAAUAUGCCCGGGAUGGCACAGGGGCUAUCCCUUCCCCAGCCCCAAUCUUUCGCUCAGAAUCAGAUCAACCCUUAUCCACAGCACGACCACGUUCCCCAAAUUUAUGUCGAUACCAGUCUCCCCAACAACCAUCCGUACCCGUCGAUGACCCCUUCGUCCGCCUACAUGAGCCCUAUGACUCCCUCCUACGGUGAUUCCUCGUCCACUACGGAUGAGUCCGGCAAAUUCGCGUACUCUCCGAAUACACCCUUCCUUUCCCCAAACGAAAGGUACACCCAUAUCGCGUCUGGCACGCAGUCUCAGACGUCUUCGCCGACAAUUCGUUCUCAAGUUGAGUAUUCGAUCAAGUCCGAAGUUUCGUCCCCGAACAGAUCCCCCACCCAUCUCUUGCAACCCGCUAUGGGCUCGCAUCUCCCAUCUCGUGGACGUUCCGUCUCCGCUCCUGGUCCUCGUGGAGCAGUCAUCGUCAACUCCUCUACUCGCGGUCCCAUUGUACCCCAGAAAAAGUACAAGCCCCACACUAUGAGCGACCGCAAACGCUACGUCGAAGAUAUCGCGUUGAAGCCCACUAUCUUCUUCAAGGACGUCAAGAAUGGAGAACUUAUCGACGGUAUCCCCAUUGUCCUCAUCAUGCAAAAUCGGAUCCCCGGCCUACAAGGGCGCGACGAUUCGAUGCUUAGCGACUGCGGGCCCUCCAUCUCGGUUCGUAUCAAUUGGCCCGGUUAUGCCUCUUGGUCAAGGCAAAUCCCCACCCGCGACUUCAGGACACCACCGCAGCCUGUGACUCGCGCGAAGCUGGCCAAGAACGUCGCGAAGACCGUGGAGCGUUUCAUCGCCGAGCACCAAAACCGCCCGAUGGACGACGACGGUGAUGCUGGCUCGGCUGCAGCCAAUCAGAACUGGAAGAUUGGAGGACACGACGGGAUCCACGCCUCUGACCUCGCCCUGGUUCAUCUGGAGCAUGUCAGCAAAGGAAGCUGGCAGGUUCAGCUUCAACUUAUGCACCCUCGUGGCACUCCACCGCAGGGCGCACAUUUCUAGUCCCUAGUCGUUGUCGUCGAAUCCCCGCGGGUUGAACAACCCCAUUCGUUUUCUUGUGCUUUGCCUAUGCACUAUGGUCGCUCUUUCUCAUCGACCUCAUCAUCCGGUCGAUACUAUUCGUCAGGUUGUACAUACUACACUGUUCUUUGCUCCGAUCUCUCUCUCCACCUCUCUUUCCUGCAUGAUAGCAACUCUAAAGUCUUGUGGACGUUGUUGGCUACAGAAGUCCCUUCAAAUUCCUUGUGUAUACUGCUUUUGGUUUCCGCCCGCUUUCCUGGAACUGCACUGUAUCUCCCCUCGUAUCUGACUCACCUCGCCCCUCUCGUUGCUCGUCUCGGAUAAUACUCUUUAAUCAUUUUGCUCACCGUCGCUCUUGUCUCUCUACUGUCGUUCUAUUCGCACUUCUACUGUAUCCGAUCCUCGCACAGAACAUUACCGUCCACGUCAAAUAAAUAAUAAU